AUGAACCGUAAGAAGACGGAAGCCGAUCGAAAGCUUCUGAAGCUCCUGGAAAGUGAUGGAGAUGAAGCCGUUUUGGGAGAAGAGUUCAAAUCUGAAUUAGUCAAGCAGAUUAUGAUCAAAUCAGUGGAGAGUGACGAAUACUGUGCCUCAGGAAGAGCGUUGUGUACCCAAUGCAAAACUUUGUUGUCCGCAACAGACGGUGGUCACGUUUUUCGGCAUUUGGAUCGAUGCACUAGUAAAAGAGCUGCCAGCGAACCCAUUCCGGAAAAAAGUGAUGAAUCGCUCCGAUCAGUUGAACCGUUGGCUAAGCAACGAAAAUUGACAGGUACAAGAAACAAAAGAUACAUAUUUUCAAACAUUGGUUCAGAUUUUUCGAAGCGACAGUUCACAAAAGAGCAAACAUCGAAAAUUACUCGCGCACUUGCCAAGCAUGCGUUGAGAACGGGAAAAUCUUUCAAUUACAUGGGCGGAGAUUGUAUGAGAGAUCUUGUUAUUGAUGUAGCGAACGCCACUGGCAGUGGAAUAUUCGGAAAGGAAGCCAAAGCUCAAAUCCCUCAUCGCCAAACGAUCCAAACACAUACAUUGAAAUUUUCCGAUGAACUUAUCAAACGAGCUUUUGGUGAACUAAAGCCGUACGCUGGAAAACAACGAGUUAAUUUGAUCGUUGAUCAUGGAAAAAUUGUUUCGAACUACCUAUCCAUGUUUGCUUCGUACAUCGACGACACAUUCAAGCUAAGACUGUUGCCUAUCGGAUUUAUUCCUAGUGCAGAUAGUAAAACCGGAGCAGACACUGCCGAUGCAAUUAUCGAUCGAUUCAAUCAGUUGGCUGAUAUUCGAUGCGUGAGCCACUCCAUCCAUCUUCUGGGUGAAAAAGUCGUUGACCCGUUGGAAAAACAUGCGAAGACGUUGGACCCGGAAAUUAUGAAACUGCUUCCGAUCGCAAGAGAAUGUCUCGACAAUGCCCAAAACGUCUCUUCGGCCAUUAGAAACAACUUCCAAGCGUGUUCGGAGAUGUCACGUCUACCCACACUGCCAAACGAUACUCGCUGGCUGAAUGGACUCAAAUGUCUUGUGGAUGUUACAGAACUGAGCAAAGAAAUUCUUGAUUUAGUGUCGAAAUUGUCUCUGAAAGGCAGAACAUCAAUGUAUUGGCUUAACGAUCAUCCUGAACACGUCAAUGCAGUUCUCCACAUCUUGAAACCACUUCUGACCUACUCAAUCGAUUUUCAACCAAUAUUGAUCCCACUCCGUCUCGACGUACCUUCUUGUCACAUCAUUCUCACUAUCAGUCAGUUCUUUUAA